AUGUCAGGAAUCAAGGGAAUUGGCGAGACUAAGCAGUACGACGGCUCGAAGCUUCGCAUUGGCAUCGUUCACGCCCGAUGGAACACCAAAAUCAUCGACGCUCUCCUCGAGGGUGCAAAGAAGAAGCUCGCCGAAGCAGGAGUUCCUGAGAGCAACAUUGAGAUCCAGACAGUGCCUGGCAGCUACGAACUCCCCUACGCAGUGCAACAGAUGUACGCCUGCUCACAAGCUCAAGCAUCAUCAGCCAACUCGACAUUGCUGAGCUCUGCCACCGACCUCCUCUCAGCGUCGACGAGCGAUCUCUCGCUCAAGGACAAGGAGGGCAGCAGCGGCGCGACCAAGCCCUUUGACGCCAUCAUCGCCAUUGGAGUUCUGAUCAAGGGCUCGACAAUGCACUUCGAAUACAUAUCGGACGCCGUCAGCCACGCCCUCAUGAAGCUACAGAUGGACAUUGGCAUUCCCGUCGUCUUUGGACUGCUCACCCUCUUGACCGAGGAGCAAGGACUUGAGCGCGCAGGUCUUGUGUCAGGCUCAAGUUACCACAACCACGGCGAAGACUGGGGCGCUGCAGCUGUUGAGUUGGGUGUCAAGAGAAGGGGCUGGCAGGAGGAGAAGACAUUCAUCCAGUAAAGAGCUUAGGGAGAUAAGUCUGUAAGGCAGAUAGAAGAUACAACAAGCCUCGCCCGUAGUCACUUGAGAGAGUGGCACGAGCUG